CGCGUUUACUGCUAAGCUAGCUUUUCUUCGAUUAGCCAAGGUCUGAGCUUUUUCCGAUAUCGCUGCUUGUUCAUUCUGUCCGAGCGCCCGACAGAGGUAGAGCGAGAUGUUGCAGUGCAUAUUUCUCCUGUCGGAUUCCGGAGAAGUGAUGCUGGAGAAACAGCUCACUGGGCAUCGUGUGGAUCGGUCCAUAUGCGCUUGGUAUUGGGAUCACGCCAUUUCUCAAGGAGACCAGCUACAGCCCGUGAUUGCUUCUCCAACGCAUUACCUUUUCCAAAUUGUUCGCGAGGGCAUCACAUUUUUAGCUUGUAGCCAAGUCGAGAUGCCGCCUUUGAUGGGCAUUGAGUUUCUAUGCAGAGUAGCUGAUGUCCUCGCGGAUUACCUCGGAGGGCUAAAUGAGGAUCAGAUAAAGGAUAAUUUUGUUAUUGUUUACGAGCUAUUGGACGAGAUGAUAGAUAAUGGUUUCCCACUCACUACAGAACCCAACAUUCUCAGAGAAAUGAUAGCUGCACCUAAUAUUGUAAGCAAAAUGUUGAGUGUUGUGACUGGCAAUAGUUCGAAUGUGAAUGAGACACUUCCUGCUGCAACGGCAUUGUGUGUUCCGUGGAGAACAUCAGACCCAAAGUAUGCUAACAAUGAAGUUUAUGUUGAUCUCGUGGAAGAAAUGGAUGCGAUCAUUAAUAGGGAUGGUACGCUUGUUAAAUGCGAGAUUUAUGGUGAAGUUCAAGUAAACUCUCAUCUCUCUGGUCUUCCUGAUUUGACUCUUUCAUUUGCAAAUCCCUCUAUUCUGGAUGAUGUGAGAUUUCAUCCAUGUGUUCGGUAUCGACCAUGGGAAUCUCAUCAGAUUCUUUCAUUCGUCCCUCCUGAUGGACAAUUUCGGCUCAUGAGUUACAGAGUUAAAAAAUUGAAGAGCAUCCCUUUGUACUUAAAGCCGCAGCUCACUUCAGAUGCUGGGACCUGCCGAUUAAGCCUGUUAGUUGGAAUGCGGAACGAUCCAGGAAAGACAAUUGACUCAAUCGAUGUGCAAUUUCAAUUGCCUCCUUGCAUUUCAAAUGCUGAUUUGAGCUCAAAUUGUGGAACAGUUAACAUUCUUUCAAAUAAGACAUGCUCUUGGAUAAUUGGACGGAUUCCAAAAGAUAAAGCCCCUUCGUUGUCGGGAACAUUAGUCCUCGAGUCUGGACUGCAGCGUCUUCAUGUCUUCCCUACAUUCCAACUGCGUUUCAGGAUAAUGGGCAUUGCUCUGUCUGGUUUGCAAAUAGAUAAGCUAGAUCUAAAGAAUUUGCCUCAUCGUCCUUACAAAGGUUUCAGAGCUCUCACUCGAGCAGGACACUAUGAAGUGAGGGCAUGAUGUGCUUUAAUUCACGGUGAGGCUCUAACUUGGAGGCUUUCUUACUCAGAGAAACGAGGGAUUGUCUGGAGGAACGUUAGUUUGUUUUCGUAAAUGAUCUGGGCACAACUUCACUUGAAGUAUUCUCUGUGAUGCUAUUGCUGAUUAAUGUUGUACUUCUUGAC